CAUUACCGUUGGUGGUACAGCCAGGAUACCAUGUCCGUUCGAUGAGGGCGCUGUACGAAACAUCUUCUGGUUCUACCAUGAUGCAUCUGGACCCCGAAGGAUUUUAAGUCUUGCUAAGUAUGUUGAAGUAAUACAUGAACCCUAUACAGACAGAGCUGGCUUGGAUAAGGACAACUCAACAUUGAUUCUUCAGGAAGUGACCAUCGAUGAUCAAGGAACAUAUCGUUGCGAGGUUGACAGACCAGGGCAGCCGUCACUAUUGAAUAUCACUACUACAUUGAGUGUGUUUGUCUUAUCUCCAGGAACCCCUCCGGUGAUUCGGCAGUGUCUCCAAGAACAGACAGACGGUUCACCCUGCACACUAACUAGUGAGGGACCUACCAACCUUACCUGUCAGUUAGCCAACGUAUACCCGUAACCAAUGUCUCACUUGGCUGGUACCAAGAUGGUCGUGGUCCGUUGGGAGCGCCCUUAUCGAUAUCUGGAACCAAAGAGGAUGGUAGUAUUAACCUACAAACCAAUGUCGAAGCGUUCGAGACCGGGGAAUGGAUGUGCAAGGCAUCGUAUCUCUCUGCAGAUGGCGUCGAAGAAACGUCUGCCUCUAUUUCACUCACCGUACUAGACAAGAGUGAUACAGGUUCCCUGAUUGAUCCUGUGAAGAUCGUGGUACCUAUAGUCGUAGUGCUGGCUGUGAUCGUAGUGAUUGUAAUCAUUGCAAUCGUGAGGAGAAGAAGGAAUCGAAGACUUGAAGCUAAUGGACAGUACGGAGAGAUAAAACCAGCUGAAAAGGUAGAGCUUGGUGACAAACUUUACGGUAGCAUCGAUGAUGGAAUACUGGCCAACAUCGCCGAGGAAGUGACGGACGAAAGCGACCUGUCGAAGCUUGGUCGACAUCUUGGGAUUCGACAGUUCAAGUUGAAUCAAAUACUCAAGGAGAACGAACAGGCCAAAGACGUCUUCCCCGCCACAUCCAUGCUGUUCACCUGGAAGGAGAAAACACCCCCAGCCAAGCAAGUCCCCAAGAUGGUAAAGGCUCUGGAACAGUCGGAUAUGGAGAACCUGAUAACGGAAUACUUUCCAAACGAAGCUGGAGUUACAGAUAAGAGAUUGUUUGAGCUAGCCGACAACAUCCUAGAUGCAGGGGCCAUCGAACAGCUUGGCAUCAACUUUGGCUUCAGGCAGUUCAAGGUUAACCAGUACCUCAACAUGAACAAAGACCGUGGUGACCGUUCAGGGACUUUGGCAAUGCUCCUGGAAUGGAGGAAGAAGACACCUAGGACAGCCCAGAUACGGGAUCUAGUAGACGCCCUCAAGAACGCUGGUGCUGAUGGUUCAUUUAACAACAAUUGAGACCACUGAAUGCCCACCUUUAUCUGGUGUAAGGCAAGGUUGCCCCUCGGUGACUUCUUUCAACUGCGAAAUAUCUACCAAGAAAGGACAGCGCAUCAUUUCGUACAGAUAUUGCAAAGUGGAAGGCUGGGAAGUCUUUGUAAAAUAUCAAGCGGCUUGAUGACAUUGUAAAUGAGAACUGUGCUUAAACGAGAAUUUUUUUGUUCUGUCAGUGGGGGUUCCUAUGCUCCAGUACUG